GCUCUGCAACCUGGGCCUGUUGGGAAGACGCUCUAACCACUUAACUGUCCUGUCAGGGUGAAAGUCUGUAUACUUUAAGGCUUUCAGUAAAUCUUUCCUAAGGACCCUUUGCCAGCAGAGCAUGGGGGUCAAGUGUCUCCAUUCUGGAAUAUGGCAUUUCCCUCUCCAAUAUAGCACCGUUCACCCCCAGGGGGCAGGUCCAGGUCAUGGUUCCCAUGCUCAUGAUGCCCUCUCUUGGUUUGCAGAUCCCCUGGAUACAUAGCCAUGGUCUUGUUCGACAAGGCCAAUUGCCUGGCAGUGAGUUUCGCCCUCAACAUCCUGGGAUGGAUCUUUACCAUGGUUUCCAUGGGCCUGCCUAAUUGGCGCAUAUGGUACAUAGAGAACAGCCCCUCCCCUUCCUGGGGGCUGGCCUGUGUAGGGAUGUGGAAGGUCUGCACUUACCAGCCCAGUGGCCUUCAGACCAGCCCCAUAGCGUGUCACCGCUACACCUACAGUGACGCCUACCUGCCUCUGCAUAUCCGCUUCCCUCAGCACCUGCUGCUGGUAGCCUUCCUCCUCAGUCUCCUGGGAAAAGGGCUCAUGGUCUUGGGCCUGCGCAGAGUGUUUGUGGGACAUCUUCAGAAGGACACCCCCGGCAAUCUGUUCCUGGCUCCCAGAAUCCUGAGUAUCAUAGCUGGUGCAUUUAUCGCCAUCGCUGUGCUCUGUAACUACCAUGCUGUGCUGAAUGAAGAGGGCAUAGACUUCCCACCCUCCUUCCACAUCCCCUACAGGCCCAACCGGCAGGAGAUUGGCAGCACCGUGUAUCUGGCGAUUCUGGCUGCAUUGCUGAUGUUGUUCAGUGGGCUGUUUACCAUCUCUUUCAAGCAGCCCCCCAACAGCCAAAUGUACCCCCAGUCUUCCAAGUGUAAAGUUCCCAGUUGCAUAUCUUUGCAAAUCCAUGAUGAGCAGUUUAUGGAGGUGAAGUAA